AUGUGUUCUCCAUCAGUGUAUUCCUCCUUUCUGAAGCACUGCAAGAAGAGUGCUCCCAAGAGGUGUGCUAGCAUCAUAAAGAGGAAAAAAGACUCUGGAUAUUCCACCAUGGCUGAGCAUCAGAAGCAGGAAGAGAAGCUCUGGAAUGCCCUAAGUAUCUCUGCCUACGUCUUUGGUACAGGCCUGCUCCUGUUCACUGCCUUAGUGAACUCUGUUUCUUGGUUUGUGCAGAAUUUCUGGAACACUCCAGGCCGGUUCUGGCAAAACACAUGGCUAAAAUGCUACCACCAUUACGAGGGAGAUGAGUGGACCAUCUUUCUCCUUGGGGCUGCCUUGGUGCCUGCACUGGCUUUCUGGUGCUUCAAUGCUCUCCUUCUGGUGGCUGACGUGACAGGAAAGCCAACUUUCAUUACUCGCUAUCGCAUCCAGCUGGGCAAGAAUGAUCCUGUGGACACAAAGAAAUUACGCCAAGCCAUCUACACAGCGCUGUGUAAUCAGUUCUUUGUCUCCUUUCCCAUGCUUGUGCCCAUGUUUUAUGUCAUGCAAUGGUGGGGCAACAGCUUCAGCAAGGAAUUACCCAGUUUCCCAUGGUUUCUUGUGGAGCUAAGCAUCUUUACCUUGGUAGAGGAGAUUCUCUUCUAUUAUUCACACAGGCUUGUUCACCACCCAGUCCUGUAUAAGUACAUUCACAAGAAGCACCACGAAUGGACAGCCCCCAUUGGUGUGGUCUCCAUUUAUGCUCACCCACUAGAACACAUUAUCUCCAACAUGCUGCCUGUGAUGACUGGUCCAAUGAUCAUGGGAUCCCACAUUGUCUCCAUUGCUGUGUGGUUCUCCCUUGCUCUCAUAACAACGAGCAUUUCACACUGUGGCUACCACCUGCCCUUCCUGCCCUCGCCGGAGUUCCACGACUUCCACCACCUCAAGUUCAACCAGUGCUACGGAGUCCUGGGCGUGCUGGAUUAUCUGCAUGGAACAGAUACAGUGUUCAGACAAACCAAAGCCUAUGAGAGACACAAGGUUCUCCUUGGCCUCACACCGCUCUCAGAAAGCAUCCCUGAUGCACCCAAGAAGGCAGAGUGACCCCAGCAGCCUGCAGUUCUUGCAGAGCAAGAGACAA